CACCACUUAUCCAGCCUCCUCAACUCCUGAAUGCAGGUGCAUUAUGAUUGCCAAAUAAUCGCUUCGGGUGGCACUGGGCAGUGAUGCCAGUGCCUGUCAUGCUCAAAAGUCAUGGAGAGUCCGGCCAAGAGACGGAAGAAGAACGAUUCGAAGCCUGCCGCAGUGCCGCACCGAAGCCUUGAUUUCUUCUUUCGCAAGCAAAAUGAACAACAGAAAGAAGGAGGAACCGGUACAGUACGACGCGAAGACGGGGAGACACAAGGGUCGUAUACUCCGAAGACACAGCUGACUGAUGAGGAGCUGGCCAGAAAGCUCCAAGCAGAAUGGGCGAAAGACGAUGGAUCGCACGAACCCAAUCUCAGGGACGCUGGUGGCAACCAGUCCCCAAAGCCUGCAGAAGAACACGAGCAUAAAGCCGAAGAGGAUGUGAAAGACUUCGUAUCCGCUGCUCUUGGAAAGACCCCUUCACCCGAGCCUAUGUCACAAUCGAACACGAACAAGAAUAGUGUACUCGGAUUGCAGUCUACGGCUUCAGAAGAAGACACAAUCACACUAACGAUCCCCUUUGACCAGAGUCCUUUGACGUUCGAUCCUUCACACUAUGUUCCUGAUCUGAAGAGGCACUGGGCGGCAGACGGAGGUAACGCGUCAUACGCACUUCUAACUCGAUGCUUCGUGCUGGUCAAUUCAACUCAAAGUCGGAUCAAAAUUGUGGACACAUUGGUCAAUUGUCUCAGAGUCAUGAUCGAGGCCGACCCGGAGAGCCUUCUGCCUGCUGUCUGGCUGGCGACGAACUCCAUUUCACCUCCUUAUAUCUCUCUGGAACUAGGGCUGGGUGGCUCUGCGAUUUCCAAGGCUUUGAAGAAAGUGUGCGGUCUCGAUGGUGCUGGUUUGAAAACACUUUAUGACAAGCAUGGAGACGCAGGAGAUGUUGCGUUUGAAGCAAAGAAGCGACAGAGCUUCACACUGAGAAAACCGAAGCCGCUUACUAUCAAGAGCGCGUAUCAAACGCUGGUCAAGAUUGCCAACAGCAAGGGCCAUGGCAGUGUUGAACAGAAGCAGCGACUUGUGGAACGCCUCCUCCAAGAUGCGCGAGGACCCGAAGAAUCUCGAUACGUCGUGAGGACUUUGGUCCAGCAUCUGCGAAUCGGAGCCGUUAAGACGACCAUGUUGAUUGCCCUGGCACGGGCUUUCCAGCUCUCGCGUCCGGCAGGCGCGGACUUCCCCAUCCGAAACGCCGCCGAGCUAGCAAAGCUCAAGAAAGAGGAACUGGCUGUUUUAUGGUCAAAAGCAGAAGAGACCGUGAAGACAUGCUUUGCGCGAAGGCCAAAUUAUAACGAUCUCGUGCCUGGCCUGCUGGAGGUUGGGGUGUCAGAAGAGCUGCUGCUGCGUUGCGGCCUGGCACUGCACAUCCCGCUCCGCCCUAUGUUGGGUAGCAUUACUCGGGACUUGAGCGAGAUGCUCACAAAAUUACAAGGCCGAGAUUUCAGUUGUGAAUUUAAAUACGACGGCCAGCGAGCGCAAGUUCAUUGUGACGAACGUGGCAAAGUAUCCAUCUUCUCUCGCCAUCUCGAAGUCAUGACAGACAAAUACCCCGAUUUGGUGGCGCUGGUGCCCGAAAUCCGCGGCGACGGUGUAUCCAGCUUCAUCUUGGAAGGAGAAGUUGUUGCUGUCGAUAGAAAUACAGGCGAGCUCAAGACCUUCCAGACUCUCACCAACCGAGCCAAGAAGGACGUCGAUAUCGGUUCCAUCCAAAUCGAUGUUUGCUUAUUUGCAUUCGAUCUCAUGUACCUCAAUGGCGAGCCGUUGCUAGAUCGCCCCUUUCGAGAGCGACGUGGUCUGCUCCGCAGCAUGUUCAUUGAGAAAGAACAUCACUUUACAUGGGUGAACAGCGUUGAUGCCACAUCUUCAGAUUCCGAGUCUGUGCUGGAGUUCUUCAAAUCGGCGACCGACAUGAAGUGCGAAGGCAUCAUGGUCAAAGUGCUGGACAACUUGCCGAAUCCUGAUUUUGCGGGCCCAGAAGAAGACGAGGAAGUACCCGCAGCUGCGCCCGUGACCCCAAGCAAGAAGAAAGGCGGCAAGAAAGGACAAGCCGAAAGACAAGAGGAGAAAGCAAAAGGUACCCGUCGCAAAGCCCUCCUCUCGACAUACGAGCCGGACAAACGGCUCGACUCCUGGCUCAAAGUGAAAAAAGACUACGCGCAGUCGGCCGAUACGAUCGACCUCAUCCCCGUGGCUGGGUGGCAUGGCCAAGGUCGCAAAGCGAAGUGGUGGUCUCCUAUCCUGCUCGCGUGCCGCAACCCCGAGACUGGGAGUUUGGAGGUCGUCACCAAGUGCAUCUCGGGAUUCACGGACAAGUUCUAUCAAGCGAACAAGGAGAAGUACGCCGAAGACGGCGAUAACACGACGCGGACGAAACCGAGUUACAUCGAGUACAGCGCGUACGAGCCUGAUGUAUGGUUCGAGCCCCAAGAAGUGUGGGAGAUGGCCUUUGCAGACAUCACCCUGUCACCGACCUACACGGCCGCGAUCGGGCUGGUCAGUGAGGAGAGGGGUCUGAGCAUGCGGUUCCCCAGGUUUCUGAGGGUGAGAGAAGACAAGAGCAUCGAAGAGGCGAGUACGAGCGAGUUCUUGGCCGGUCUGUACAGGAAGCAGGAGGCGCGGAUCAAGGAGACCGGAAAGGCUGGAGGAGAAGGGGAUGGAGACGAAGACGAGUUUGAAGCUUAGAUGUCUUGCCGGCAGUGACUGCCAAAACCCUCGGAAAACAGUUGGAUUUUCCAAGCUCACUUGUAUAGUAACGCUUGUUCAUGCAUGAAAUGAAAUGGAU